UUUGCUAGUUUUUCUCUCCGGUGUUUAACUGACUGAACUUUAAACUCAGGAAUUACAGGUAAAGUUUUGGUGUGUAGCGAUGCCCCCAUCGUGCCCGCAGUGUGGUUCGGGGAACGUGGUGGAGGAUGAGCUGUACUCUCAGACCCAGUGGGUGUGUCAGGACUGUGGAUCAGUGGUUUCGGAGGGAAUCCUCACCACCACCCUGUCUGAUGAACAGCACAGUACAGCCGUACCGUAUCACACCAGCACUGAAGUGACCAAGAGGCUCUGUCCCAAUCUCAUCAAAGGUCUGAGUCAGGUCCGCUCUCUGUGCCGGAUCCUGCGUUUAUCCUGCGUUAUGGAGUCGGCGGCGGUGAGCCUGUUCGAGCGUGCUUAUGGCCACGCCCACUUCCUGCACGUGCGGCUGGUUAAGAAGGAAGUGUUGGGGGGGUGCUGCGUGCUCGCCGUCUGCAGGCAGAACGACUGCCCCAUCGCCAUGGGAACCAUCGGCUCGCUGCUAUACGUGGACUCCGCCUUCAUGGGCGUGGUCUAUCAGGAUCUGAUCAAAGUGCUGAACAUCCAACCAACCAGCACCAGCAUCACCCAGCUGCUGGAGAGUCACUGUCACGGGUAUAAUCUCAGUAGCGGUGCGGUACCUGAUGUGUGUGUGGAGAGUGUACAGAGUUUGGUGCAGCGUAGCGCCGCCCUGCUGGAGCUGGCAGCAGAUACGUGGUUGGUGACGGGGCGCCACCCUCUGCCCCUCCUCACUGCGUGUGUGUAUGUAGCCUGGCAGUCGCUCAAACCCACGGUCCGGAUGAAGUACACCCUGAAUACGUUCUGCGCCCUGUCGAGCUCCUGUAAGCAGUCGGGUUCGGGGAAGCGGCCGGCGGCGGCACGGCGGGUGGCAGAGCUCAGGCAGGUGCUGUGUGAGCUGGGCGGCCGGCUGCCCUGGCUGAGAGGGGGCGCUGUGGAGCCGGGCUCUGUGGCCACGCUGGUAGAUGAUAUCAUCAAACACCGCCGGGCGCUCAUGCUGCAGGCCAUGAGGAGCCACGAGAGCCAGGAGGAGGAGGAGCAGGAGGAGGGCGGGGCCGCUGAGCAGAGCGCGCCCUCUACUGGAGAACAGCACUGGGCCAAGAGACACCUCUUCCUGCCCCCUUCAGCUCGAAACCCCAAGAGGCGACGGACGGAGGCUCCGGGGCCCGAGGUCACGGGGGACGAGGAGAUCUCGGACUCGGAGGUGGAGUCGUACAUCCGCUCGCCAGAGGAGGUGAAGCUGUACCAGGAGGCGCAGAGGAGGCUGGAGGAGGUGAAGGAGUGAUGGAGCCACUCACUCACUCACUCACUCACUCAUCUUCACCUGGUACAGAGAUUUACCCGAGGGUGGUGGUGUGGGUGGUGCACGUCAACAUGACUCUUAGAUCCCAGGGUUCAGUCCUUACCUCCGCUCACUGUUUACAGCAGGGUUCAGCAAUGACCUCUGACCUCCCAAAACCUGCCACAGGUGGAUUGGCUGCUCUGAAUUACUUGGGUGUGAGUGAAUAGAUCAGUGAUUGUUGGUAUGUGAUGGGCUGGUGGAUGGUGCCAGUCCCACCAAGACCCUGACCAGAAUUAAGCUCUGUGUUCAGAAGGUUCAGAAAAACCUGCUAGGCUGUGAACACUAGGUUGGUCAAUAUAUUGAUUAUCGGUAUCAGUAUUGGCCAGUGUAGACCACCUCAGUUCCUCCAUUCAUUUAUUUAAAGCAAUUCAGAGCUAAGGGCCUCACUCAGGGGCCCAACAAACUCACUGUACACAGGGACCCAGUCAUGUUGGAGCAGAAAACUAUAAGCACAAGUUCAUUUUAUACACCUGUUAGCAAUGGGUGUGGCUAAAACACCUGAACUCAGUAAUUAUGAGUGCCGUCUGCUCACCACUAGGGGGCGUGAGGUGAAGCUUACAGCUGGACUGUGUGUAGAGGAAGCUAACGUUAGCCGCAGAGCUAAUGAAGAAAAAUAAAUCUCAGUUUGUGGCUGAGUUUAUUAUUUAAUUAUUUAUUUACACAGUUGUGACGAGUUUAAAUACGUGGACGUUUUGGUUUGUGUGUAAAUUUUUAUGAUUAAUAAAUAGAAAUAUUCAGUAA